CUCCACAGGACAUGGGCUGUGGCCCAGCACCCCGACACCUCUAGCCCCAAGCACCUCGGCCCCACCAUGCUGACCAUAAAGCUGCCGCAGAUCUUCAGGGUCCAUCAGGUGCCUCGGAUCUUCUGGGAGGAUGGGAUCAUGUCAGGGUACCGGCACCCCAAGAGCUCAGCCCUCGACUGCGUCCUCAGCUCCUUCCAGAUGACUAACGAGACAGUCAACAUCUGGACACACUUCCUGCCGACCUGGUAUUUCGUGUGGCGCUUCCUGGUGCUCUCCUCCUCCCUGGCCCUGUGCCGGGAUCCCUACCACUGGCCCCUGCUCAUCUACCUGCUGCUCGUCUGCCUCUACCCCUUUGCCUCCAGCUGUGCCCACACCUUCAGCUCCAUGUCGGCCCGCGCCCGACACCUCUGCUACUUCUGCGACUACGGGGCCCUCAGCCUCUACAGCCUGGGCUGUGCUUUUGCCUACGGGGCCUAUGCGAUGCCGGACCAGUGGGUUGGUGGCGUUUGGCACCGUUACUUUGUCCCCGCGGCCGCUUUGAACUCCUUCAUCUGCACCGGCCUCUCCUGCUACUCCCGGUUCCCUGAGCUGGAGCGUCCCCGCCUGAGCAAGGUGCUGCGGACGGCAGCUUUCGUCUACCCCUUCCUCUACGACAACAUCCCGCUCUUCUGCCGGCUCCUCUUCUGCUUCUGGAGUAACAGCCCCUGGAGUGACGCCGUGGCCGGUUACUGCUACCACCUCCUCUUCGCGCUUCUCACCGCCUUCCUCUUCACCUCCCACCUCCCCGAGCGCCUGGCGCCCGGCCGCUUCGACUACAUCGGACACAGCCACCAGCUCUUCCACGUCUGCGCGGUGCUGGGCACCCACUUCCAGCUGGAGGCCGUUCUCUGCGACGCGCGCUCGCGCCGGGGCUGGCUGCGGGGCCACCUGCCCAUCCCGGGGCUCCCCGGCACCUUUGGCACUGCAGGACUGGCCAUUUUGGGCAACGCUGCCAUCAUCGGCGCCUUCACCGCGGCCUUGCCCCACGCACCUGGCAGCUCCGGUGUCCCCCCAAGUGUCCCCCCGAGUGUCCCCAGCGAUGCCGGGUGCUGGAGGGACCAAUGACAAGGGGGAACAAGUGGCCGGGCUGCAGGGGCUGUGCACCCCCAGAUCUCUCCCACCCUCCAAGUGUGGCUCAGAUGCCUGGGUCCUGCUGUGGGGUGUCAUAAGAUGAGGGGGGGUGUGUCCCCCUCCCGCCCUGGUCCCUCUGCAGCCCCGUGCCUCAGUUUCCCCACCUUUUAAACACGGCUAAUGGUACUCAUCGCUGCAGGGAGGGCACUCACACUGACCUAACCCAUGUAGCAGCCCCGUGCAGAGGCCUCAGCCCCAGAGCAUGGGACCCCCAAGUCCAUGGACCACCGGCCGGUUUCUCAGCAGAUUCAGAGCAGUAACCCCGGGGA